GGAUCAAGAUGGCGGCGCCUUUGAGGAUUCAGAGCGAUUGGGUCCACGCUCUCAGGAAGGAUGAAGGGGAGGCCUGGCUGAGCUGUCACCCCCCAGGAAAACCAUCUUUGUAUGGCAGCCUUACUUGUCAAGGAAUUGGCCUAGAUGGCAUCCCAGAGGUUACAGCUUCAGAAGGAUUUAUUGUGAAUGAAAUAAACAAGAAAAGCAUUCAUAUUUCAUGUCCAAAGGAAAGUGCAUCUUCUAAGUUUUUGGCACCAUACACUACUUUUUCCAGAAUUCAUACAAAGAGUAUAACAUGCCUGGAUAUUUCCAGUGGAGGAGGUCUUGGUGUGUCUUCUAGUACUGAUGGGAGCAUGAAGAUCUGGCAGGCUUCCAAUGGAGAACUCAGAAGAGUAUUGGAAGGACAUGUAUUUGAUGUGAAUUGUUGCAGGUUUUUCCCAUCAGGCCUUGUGGUUCUGAGUGGGGGAAUGGAUGCGCAGCUGAAGAUCUGGUCAGCUGAAGAUGCUAGCUGUGUGGUGACCUUCAAAGGUCACAAAGGAGGUAUUCCUCUUUAUUGGCUCAGAUGCCUUCAACUGCUGUACUUUUCUCUCUGGCUUCUUGCUAUUGGCUGGAACACAAGAUGGAAACAUUUAUCAGCUGGAUGUGAGGAAUCCAAGGGCUCCAGUACAAGUCAUCCACAGAUCAGGAGCACCAGUUCUAUCCCUGCUGAAUUUCAGAGAUGGAUUCAUUGCUAGCC